AUGGAAAAGAAAGGAGUGAUCCUCAAAAGAAGGAGGGUCAUCACGAAACAAAAUAAUGUGGAAGAAUUUCUUAAAACUUUGCCUAAUUCACGAAGAGAAACAAACGUUGAUAAUGAAUGUCCUGUUUGUUUUGCCGACGUUGAAGAUCCGUAUUUUCUUGCUUUAUUAUGUGGCCAUGCGUAUUGUUUUGCUUGUAUUACGCAGUAUCUUAGCAAUGUUUUUGAUUCAGUAAAGAGCGCUGAUAUGUUUCCUCGGAAGUGUAUGUGUGAAGGAUGUGAAUCUCCUGCCAUCAAAGAAGAUUACGUAGCGCUUUUAAGUACAGAACAAAUUCAAAAGCUCUAUCGAGCUCCGUAGAAAUGUUUUUUGAUUGGCAACACUAGCUACAAGCCUUGUCCGACGCCUGAUUGUUCUUGGAUAUAUGAAGUCACUCCCAAUCCAAGUGUGUUUGCCUGCCCUGAAUGUGACAUUCGUUUGUGUAAGAAAUGUGGCGAUUCUGCUCAUGACAAAUUUGAUACGUGUGAAGUUUAUAAAACGAGUAAAGAAGGAUUGUCGAAGUCAGAGCAACAAUUGAAGGAAUGGGCGGAAGGAGCAGAUACCCGCGAGUGUCCUAAAUGUUCAGUGAUGAUUGAGAAAAAUAAAGGAUGUUCAUGA